AUGGCACGGAAAACUAACCCACGAACAGAGGUUUCCGGCUCUAUCCGCUUUGACUCCAGAACAAACACAGUGAUGGCAGAAGCCACCCAUGACAACAUCAAGGAGAAGGUGCAGGCUGUGAGGGAAGUGGUCCCUGGCAAAAGUAACAAUGAAGUGGUACUGGUCCUGCAGUAUUAUGACUACAAUGUGGAGCGAGCUAUCCAGGCUUACUUAGAGGAUGGAGCUAAAGCAGCUUUACAAGAGUGGAACUUUACAGGAUCCAAGCAGCCCAACAAGAAACGGAAGAACAAAAAGAAGGGAAGUGGGGAGAAAGUCGGUGACAAGCCGGACUCUGCAACUGUGCCCUCGUUGUCUCUAAACCUGCAGGAGAAGACAGCCGUCAAUGGGAAGACAGGCCUGCUACCUGAAAACAGUGUCCAUGACAAUCAGACAGAUGAAGAGACCCCUGUGUCCAUGCCGAAACUCCCCCCCUUGACAUCCAUGGAUGUGUCCGAUCCCGUCGUAUCAUCUUCAUUACCUGACUCCUCAACUGUGCCAUCAUCAUCAUCUCACAUGGAGGCAUCAGCAAGCACAGACCCUCAGCUCCAGCAACAGUCUCACACAAAGUCUGCUAGCCAUGGCGAUUCCCAUCAUCAGAGACAGUACAGCCCCAGAGAGAGAACAAUCAGUGAGGUCAGCACAGGGUCAGCUAUGGGAGAUGGACACCACAAGAAACCACACCAAGGUCUUGAAAAGGCAGUUAAAGACCUCCACCGGCAGACAACAUCCCUGGAACGUCUGCGGCUUCUCCUGGACCAUGAGAUUGACCGAUCCAUCAAAAGUAUUAAGUCCGUCUUUGAAGAAUUGCGCCAAGGGCUGAACAACAGGGAAGAGCAGCUGAUGGCUGAGAUGGAGGUGUUGAAGACAGAAGCUUCCGACAUGCUGGAGAUGAGACAAGCCAAGGCCACUGAGCUGAAGCGACAAGUGGACAGGUCAGACAGGCUGAAGGACACUGAGAUCACAGAACUUAGAGCUGAAAUCAAGCAUUUUGUGAGUGAACGGAGACAUGACGAGGAUCUGGGUCGAACCACGAGGUUUCUGUAUGACUCUGACCACAUGCUGGACGAGUUUCGCAAGUUUGGUGAAGUGGUGCAUGUCAAGUCGCUGUACACGGCACGCAAGGCCUCCGUGUCAUCUGUAGCCAGCACUGGCCUGAGCCCUGAAGGCAAUCAUGAAGAAGACUGGUCUCACUCCCAGGAACUCACUGAACUGCAGGACAGGCUCAAGAACUCAGUGAGGCUGCAGAAUUCUCAGAAUAAAGGUCAAAGUUCAAGCAGACAUGUGUCCACACAGAACGGGCCAUCCAGCGAUGGUAAUCGACCUUCCGGGUCACCAUCUUCACCGUCAUUGACUUCGGCGACCCCUAGGGAUUACAUUCAGAGCAGCAGCGGCCGAGGACCACCAUCCUCAUACAGCAGUAGCAACACAGGCAGACCCAGCAGGGGCAGUGGGGGCCCUUCACCCAGGGGAAGGGGCAGAGGUCGGGGUCGAGGGGGUGGGUACGGGCGUGGAGGGCAACAGUAUGUCAGUGACAGACUACCAUCUAGUCAGGCACAAAGCAAUCUGAAAACACAGUCAUAUUCCAGUGAAAGUAGUUCUGUUAGGACCAGUACUUAA